AUGGUCUCGCCACUCUCCCCCGUCGCAGGCGACGUCACGCCCAGACAAGCACCGUCGAAAGCGAGAACGAAACAACCUGCGAAAUCACGACCUAAUACGCAACGACGGGUCUAUGGAAAGCGCAAGGUCGAUGCGCCGAGGGCGGUCUUCGAUCAGGGGAGUCCGGCGAAGACGGAGAUGAAGAAGUCGUCCACGACGACGGUUCACGAUGGUGUGGAUUCGCUCCGGGAGAAGCUAGCUGAGGUGCGGAUAAAGGGUGCGCAAGAUGCGCCUCAGGAGGGGGAGUCUGAGCCGGUGAAGACUAGUGAAAAGACUAUCGAGAAGAUAGAGGAGCCUGUCAAAGAGAUACCAGAGACAACGGAGAACGUUGACGAGAUACCCAACACCACGGGGCGCAAUGAAUCGCCAGAAGCCGAGACGCCGGAUACCGAACCAGAAAAUGAGACAUCCGAGUCGAUCCCUUCGAAACCGCAGACAGCAUCAAAGAAACAAUUAGAGGCCAUGGUGGAAGUGAGGGUCAGUCCGAAAACAACCGCACGGAGAACAAAGCAAGAGCCAAAGGAGGAUCAAGAUACGAGCGAGACAGGGAGGCGGGCAACGAGAAGGAAUAAGCCCGCAGAGAACAAGCCCGCUCAACGACAGUCGGCCGGUUUCGUAUCGGAUCAGAAAGCCAAUGCCUAUGUUCGCACCAUCCUCGACGAGGCCUUAUCACCGGUAGCUGCGCAGAGUGUUCAAAAAUUUGGCUCCUGGGCCGCUCGCGCUGGGAAUAUGCUGGAGGUUGUGAAGAUCGCCGAGGGUUCCUACGGAGAGGUCUAUAAGCUUCGACUGCGAGAGGAGGUGUGCAAGAAGGAAAUGUCGAAGUCAAAGCUCGCUCGUCUAAAGGCCUACGGAGAUGGCGUUUUCAAGGUUGUCCCUCUGCGGGCGCAGAGCGGUCCUGGCUCGAAGAAAUUCACCAGUAUCGACGAAAUUGUGUCCGAGGUAAAGAUGUUGAAAUACCUGGAUCCGAUCCCAGGGUUCGCUCGAUUCCGGGAAAUCCACGUCGUUCAGGGCCGCUUCCCGGAGUCUUUUCAGAAAGCAUGGGAUCACUAUAAAAAGACGAAAGAUGACUGCCUGAACCCUAACCCCUCGAGCAAAAGAGCGUAUCCCGACUCGCAACUCUGGGCCAUUAUAGAGAUGGACGAUGCCGGGUGUGAGCUGGAAAAGUUCUCCUGGACAUCCAUCUUCCAAAUCUACGACAUCUUCUGGGGAGUGGCGAUGGCUCUUGCGCGCGCCGAGGAAUAUGCCCAGUUCGAGCAUCGUGAUCUUCAUCUUGGUAAUGUUUGUAUCAGAAGUACCCGAUCGGACGGCCGCAUGGACCCGCCUACAGAGCUUGAGGUGAUGCGGCUGCCAUCUGCAAGCGGGUUUGGUAUAAGCACGCUGGAGACCACCAUCAUCGACUAUUCGCUCUCCCGAGCCGAGCUGAGGACUGCCGAGGAAUCAGGCGAGGUUGUUGACAUUGCAUCGUCUGACCUUGACAAGAAGCAAAUCUUCGAUGCCGUUGGUCGAGACGAGGACGAGAUCCUACUGAGAAAUACCUAUAGAUACAUGCGCGCCCAACUAUACACAGGACAACCCUUGGACGCUACCAAACCCGCUGAUAUCCCAGGCAUCUGGAGCGAAUACGCUCCACGGACCAAUCUCGUCUGGCUGCUCUUCCUUCUCAAAUCCCUAUUGAAGAAUCACAAAACCGAGGCCCCUCCCCAACGACAGCCUCUUGCCCCACGCUCUCCUAACAAGGAAGUCCAACCCAAAUCGAACACCCAAAAGAAAACCAGUCUUCUUUCAACCCAGGCCGCCACACAAGUGCAGUCCAACGUCUCCCAAUGGCAAAAGACCCUCCAUGGUCGACUGACCAGUGUCCUGGAGCUUCUGGAUCUCGACCACGGACACGAGGAUAUGUGUUGUGCGGCCGACCUGGUAGCAUACGCCAUUGACUCUCAAUGGCUGGGCGAGCAGGAUUUCUUCUAA